AUGGCGCUCUCGGGGCGAGACGUCGCCUUCGUCGUCUCCCUCCUCGUCGCUAUCCUCGCCCUCGCCUGGCCUGUGAUUGAGGACACGUUCGGUGAUAAGUGUCCCUUCGGAUACGGCGGCCAGCUCGUUGUAUCCGAGCCAUCAUCGCUCGGACGCGCACUCAUCAACUGCAGAGUGCUCCACCGGGACGGACUCCACGACGUCUUCGUCGGUGAUUCGGGACGCAUAAGCGCCGUGAAACCGUCGAUAAAUCGCGAAGGACACGUCCGAGUCAUUCAUGAUUGCGCUGGACGAUGGAUCGCGCCGGGAUUCGUCGACGCCCACGUGCAUGCGCUGAGCGGCGGCGUCUCGCUCGGCGUCGCAAACCUGCGGGACGCGUCGAAUAAGGAGGAAUUCGUGGACAUCCUCGCGCGGGAGAUCGGAAAGAGGGACGACGGAUGGGUCAUUGGGCACGGAUGGGACGAGACACGCUGGGGUGGGGAGAUUCCGAACGUGGAUUGGUUGGACGAGCGGUUUGCCGGGACGCGCGUGUGGGCGCAGCGGGUGUGUGGACACGUCGGUUUCGCGAGCUCGGAGGCUCUCGAGGAGGCGGGACUCGGGGGAAACCCAUCGGGUAUACUGAAAGAGAGCGAGAUGAGUGCCGUGGUGGAGAAAAUUGCUCGGCGAACGCGGGCUGAACGCGAUGAGGCGCUUCGUCGAGCGUUUGAGCACCUGUUGAGCCUCGGGAUCACGACGAUAGCGGAUUUCGGCGACAUCGAGAGCCUACUCGCUGGACCGAACGGGUACGACACGUUGUGGGAGGAUUUCGAAACGCUCGAGCGAUGGGAUCGCGCUGGUGAUCUGCCGAUUCGUGUGACGUCGUACAUGCCGCUUGGAGAUUAUCGUAGAACGGCGGCGCAUCCAGCCUGGAACGAUGGAUGGACAAGAGAAGACGCGGCGAGUGGAAUUUCUUCUCGGAUACGCAUCGGAGGUGUCAAAGCGUUUCUCGACGGAAGUCUAGGAGGGCGAACUGCGGCAUUUCUGGAGGCCUAUGACGACGAUCCGACGACACGAGGAGAGCUCAUUUAUUCCGGCAAGAAUGAGGCAGUACUCAUCGAAGAAGCGCUGGCAUCGGAUAGUUUGGGACUUCAAGUUGCCGUCCACGCCAUUGGUGACGCCGCGGUGGAGCAAGCAAUCCAACUCGCUUCGUUCAUUGAGGAGAAGAAUGGAAAGCAAGACGUGCGCCGGUUCCGAAUUGAGCACUCACAGCAUCUGACGUCCCCAAUCGAAGGCCAACCGGAGCGUUUAAAGUCACUCGGAGCGGUUGCGAGCGUGCAACCGGCGCAAAUAGUGAUCGACGAGCCGAGCGUUGCCGCCAAGCUCGGGUACGAACGAGCGCGCCGUUACUGCGCUCUCAGAACCUUAGCCAAUCACGAUGUCCCUCUGGCAGGUGGAAGCGACUGGCCGAUUGUCAGCGCGGACGUGUUCGACGCUAUGCGAGCCGCGGUGAUUAGAGAACGCGAGGCCCUCACCGCGGAAGAAGCUGUGAAGCUUUUCACGCAAGGCGCCGCUUUCGCGCUCCGGCUUGAUGGGCUCGUGGGAACGCUCGCCUCAGGCGCGUUCGCUGACUUUAUUAUUCUCGACGGUUCACCGGCUGACUUCAUCGUCAUGGGAAACGCCAAGCCGAACGUGCUCGGAACGUUCGUCGGAGGCAAGUGCGCGUACGGCGAUUGCACGCAGGAACAUUUAGGCUAG